GAAGAUCCAGACUUAUCUUUGUUGUCUAAUAUGGCAUUGCUAUUGCGCGAUGCUAUUCCACGUGGAAUACAAGUCAAGGGAAGCGUCAGUUACCCGCAUAGCUUCACAGGAAAGGAUGUGGUUUCUACUAUCGAAGCAAUCAUUCCCAAGGAGAAGCUAGAUUGGGCAGCGCAAGGAAUGAUAUCUGCGACAUACACAGCUACAGAUGAUCGACAAAUUGCGCUAUCUAUUGCAAAGUCGUUGAAAAAAGAGCUAUUCUUUCACGAAGUCGAUUGGGGUUCGAGCGAACUGGAAGAUGGGGUGGAAGAGGUGUACAUGUUCUUGGAGGAUAGCAUGGGGGAACAUGUACAAAAGGCAAAUGAUUUCGAUGUCGAACUAUCCCGUGCCUCCUUUGGGGGUAAUCAGCUUCACAGGGGACAAAUGACGCGGGCAAAUGAUCUCGUCGACCUACCGACGGGGGUAUUCACCCCAUUGACAUCUUGCUACAGUGCUUUAUGUCGUGAUCCUAACGCACCACCAAAUAAAGCUUGCUAUAGCUACAGCUGUCCGAGAUCACAACAAAGCAAACAAGUUGCAAACGACGUACGAACAUCUAUUGCAGAAGAUCCAAGCGCAGCAAAAGGGGCGAAAUCAGUACCGGGAGCUUCGCAUAAUGCAAUUGCAUGGUCCGAUACUGUAUCAGCAGACAUGCUCAAGACGUUAUCAAAGGGUGAGAUCAAAAGACAGAAUGCAAUUCUCGAACUUAUUCAAAAAGAGGAAGAGUUCUUGAAUGAUCUGGAAUUGCUCGAAAAUUUGUUCUUGAACCGUUUGUUGCGAUCUCCAGCGGUGACUGACCAGCAAAGCAGUUUGCACGAUGAAAAACAACGACUGGAUUUCGUUCAAGAAGUGUUCUCGAAUCAUAUUGAAUUGACAAAUGUGAUUCGCGCUCUGGUUGAAAAACUUCAUAUUCGACAAAGGGAAGAUGGACCGGUUGUGCGUCACAUUGGAGAUAUCUACCUAGAUGCAGCCCUUGAAUGGGGAACAGCAUUUGAAAGAAAUAUGACCAGUUUCCCUAUGGCCAAACAUCGCCUUCAACGCGAAUCAAGCCGCAUUCCACUUUUGGCUACGUUCUUAGAGGAAUGCAGAAGAGAUCCAGCUUGUCAUAAAUUGCCUAUGGAUCACUUCCUUCAACGUGCAACGACUCGAUUGCCACGUUACAAUUUGCACUUCAAAUCGAUUGUGAAGGAUACUGAUGACAAGAAUGCUGAUAAGCAAAGUUUAACACAAGCGGUAGAAUUGGUCGAUGAGCAGUGUAAAUCGAUUCAAAAAGGGGUCGCUGCUGCCGAAACCAAGGUCAAAAUUCGAGAAUAUGCUUAUAAUUUAUCAACGAAGCGCAUGAAGGUUGCUAUUCAUAUGGAUUUGCUCAAUCCUGAAAGGCAAUUGGUACAUCAAGGCCGUGUUUAUCGAAAGCCUGACUUCACAGACUUUGAAUGGCAAGAUCUGUUGGCCGUCCUAUUUGACAAUUACUUUGUCAUCACCAAGACCAAGAAGCGAGAAGAAGGAGAAAGAAUUGUGUCGCGAUUCGUAUUGGAGAAGAGACCGAUUGCAGUGGAAAUGAUCCAGAUCGCGGGUUCUGCGGAAGCGCCUGUCUCGCGCUCGCUUGGAUUGAGCAAUUUCCAUCUACGAACCGAUCGAGAGAAUCGAGAUUUAUUCCCAUUAACUAUUACUCAUUUAGCAGGAAAAACGGAACCUCUCACUUUUUAUGCUGCCAACAAAGCCGAGAGAGAUGAAUGGAGAGCCAAGAUUGAAGAAGCGAUCGGACUGCGCCUAGCAGUGCAAGAGGCGAAUAAAUUGUUCGAAAUCUGGCCAAUUUCUUCUGACCUCUUUGCCUUACCUCCGAUCAAUAGUCUGGAUCCAGAAAAGCCACCCCCUGGUGUCAGUGCUGCUGAUUUCCACGGAAAUGUGACAUGUGCAGUACCAUUCAGGACGAGAGAUGGUCGUAGGUUGAUCGCUAUCGGUUGCGCUGAUGGUGUUUGGAUAGGAUUGCGUAAUGACGCCAAAUCAUUGCGAAAGGUUUUGCAUCUCAAAUUGGUGAUGCAAUGUGCUGUUUUGGAGGAAUUUGGCAUAUUUGUAGUUUUGGCGGAUAAGGUCUUGAUUUCGUACAGUUUGGAUGCUCUCGUACCAAGUGCAAAUUCACCUAACAUCUCUAGACCACCGCAAAAGUUAAGCGGCAAUCGAGAUGUGAUGUUCUUUGCUGUGGGAAAAGUCAAAGAACGUACGCUUUUGGUUUAUAUGAAGAAGAAGCCUAACGAAAGUGUGUUUAGAGCAUUGGAGCCAGUUAAUACGACCGGUAAGGGCGAUCACACGAAAGGAGGAUCAGGCGGAGGAGGCUUGUUCGGCAAAUUUGGAAAAGACUCAAAAUCCUCGGACUGGUUCCGUGAAUACAAGACGUUCUUUAUUCCUUCCGAAGCCUAUUCGAUGCAAUUUUUACGAUCCAAAUUAUGCAUCGUAUGUGCACGUGGUUUUGAGAUCAUUGAUUUGGAUCAUUUGAUCCCAGGCACAAUUCCGGACUUUUCUACAACUCGAGAUGAUCCGAGGGUGUAUACUUUGAACAGGCGAAUUGAAGCGGUGAAGCCAUUAGGGAUGUUCAAAAAUCGAGAAGGAGAAUUCAUUUUGUGUUAUGAUGGAUUUGCUUGCUUUGUCGAUCGCCACGGUUCGCCAAUCAAGUUAGAUCAAAUUAUCGAAUGGGAAGGAAGUCCACAUUCAACGGCAUUCAAAGAACCGUUUUUGUUGGCAUUUGAUGCGCGAUUUAUUGAAGUUCGUGACAGCGUUUCGGGUCAAUUGGUUCAACUGAUACGCACAAAUGAGUUACGCAAUGUUACAUUUAGCAGCAGUACAGUGUCAGAUGAAGAAGAUGCAGUUAUCCUUGUUCAAAGGAUUCGAUCCAGUCAAAGACGAGCAUAUGACUUCCAACAAGUAUUUGAAUUGAUUGGAACG